AUGUCUGGCAGCGGUGCAUAUGCACUGUUUCCCAGAUCAGACAGCCAAAUCCCGCCCAUCAGAUACAAGCUCACACAGUCUCCUGGAGAGAGAGCAAAGCUCGUUCUAGUGAAUGAGGCAGCCGGUCUCGAACCCAAGCCUCUCUUCAAAGAGGUUGCUCGGGGCCGUGGAGUAGUGAGAGGUCACCGUCAGGAACACUCGGAUGUACUACCAUCACGCAGCGGGGAGGAUGUCCGUUUGACGCAGGUGACCCAUGAGAAGCAGAGGUCUUUGUCUUCAAAUCCUGGUCGACAACGAUCAAUGGUUGCUCAGGAGAUGUACAGCCGACCUAGGGAUGCUAGAUCAGCAGAAACACUACCGCCUACCAUUUUGCAAUCAGCAGCUCAUGAAACACCGCGGAAGGUCUCGAUUGGCGGUCCGCUGGAGAAGUUGGGAGCGAGGAUCAUGGCAAGGAAAACCUCACGAGACGAGACACCUAACAUGGUAAGAAAGAGUUCACGAGACGAUGGCUUUUCGACAACCCGCAAGGGCUCACGGGAUGAGAUCACCGCAUCGUUGAGGAAAGCUUCACGAGACGAGACACCUACACAAAGAGUGACCAACUUCGAGGACGAGUCCUCGGAAGCAACAAGGAGUACGCCGCGACUCCAGCUUACGACUGUGCCAGAGGUCCGCGAUGAAUCUAUCAUGCACCGAGGCCGUCCAAUAUCACGACGAGACAGCAAGAGAGGAAACAGCGCCGAUCCUUUCUCUGGAAACUUGAGCCCUCGUUCUCACUCAGCGACUCCUACUUACACACUACCCCAAACGUGCUACGCACCUUCCAUUUCUUCCACUCAGCCGUCGCCUUCGAAAUAUUCAACGCCCGCCCGCCCAUCUCUUUAUACGUCCGCUUCCACACCCUCCGUCCCUCGACUUCCUUCUAUACCAUCAUCGUUAUCAGUACCUAAUACCGCUCGCCCGACGUUUCAUCAAUCUGCCUCGUCAUCUGCCAUUCCUUCCCUUCAAUCCUCAUUCUCAGACUCCUACCAUCCACGGAAAGACUCGCUAGAUCCCGUCGGCUUCCGCACGGAUGGUCCAUUCCGCGUCGUCCGCGCCCUUCGCGAGAUCGACAAAUCCUGUUUUCGUCUCUUCGACGAAUGCGAAGCCCUCCAGCAAGAACGACAAGCCUUGCACACGGAAAUGCUAUCGGUGUUGAACAACAAAAACUUCAACGCAGGACAUCUGGCGAUCAUCAGACAACAGCAGCAAGAUCUGGUGGAUCUGGAUGUCAAAAUCGACGCUCACAUGCACAACAUCAUGAAUCGACAGCGUCGAAAGACCAAACUGGUAGACGGACUUCCAGAAGUUCAAGAGAUGGACAAGGCGGAAGAGUUGAAGGAGCGAAUGGCCGCGAGAGAGGCAGAGAAGCCGAAUGGCGUUGCUAUGACUCCGGCCCGUAGAGACGCUUCUCCUUGGGGUGCUCGAGAGAGUUCGUUGAAGCCUUCCGUGCAGGUGAAUGGGUUGUUGUCGCCACCUCCGACGUCGAAAGCGCAACAGAGAGGUACCGUCACUUACUCGGCCAUUAUGGAUUUCCUUGACGAGUUUGACUAG